AUGAUAUUAAAUACACUCUUAUAUGCUACAUAAUAUGUGAUGAGCAAAUAUAUCUAUAGAAUAUAGAAACAGAGUAAUAGAUUAAUAUAAGUAAGAAUUAUCGACAAAUGAUAAAUAAUUGGCUAAGGCAUUCCGAUAUUAGAGAAGGAAAAUAAAAAUUAUUAUUAUGGGGUUCCCAACUUUAUUGUGCUUUGCUCAGAAUUAUUAUAAUUUGUGUUUGAGUUACACAUAGUCAGAAAAAUUGAAUAUUUUUGAGUGCUUAAAAAAAUUUGACACUGAAAAAAUAGGUAUGGGAAUAUUGACAUCCUUUUAUAUGACUUUAUUAUUAUACAUCGGCCCAGUAUAUUAAGAAUUUUGGGUAGCAAACAUAAAUUAUUUUUAGAAUGGGAAUUUGAGGGAGAAAUUUAGUAAAAUUAGGUUCAACAAAUUUAGAUGGGAUUACUUUACGAAGAUCGUUAUUGUAUUAGUUCUUUAUAUUUUAAAAGACUCCAUUAAUUGAUGAAAUUAUAUUUAGAGAACUAGUGAAUAAUGCUAUAAAUGUUAGAUAUUAAAAUAACAUUCAGUUUAUCAUUUAUUCAACAUUGUUAUAUAGUUUAAGUAAAUGAGAAUAUUAUCUAUUAGCAAAGGCAUUGUCUUAUCAUUUAAAAUACGGGUAGCUUUCACGUUAUGAAUUCCUAAAAACAUUUGUAUUGGGACUAUACUUGUCCUUUGUCUUGGUGUAAACAAAAACAAUAGUGACAGUAAUAAUCAAUCAUGGACUUAUGAAUUUUAUGGGAAGACCGAACUUCAAGGAUUUAGUUAAAGGGAAUUAUAGCAAUGAAUAAAGAUAAAGUAUAAAAGAAUUCACUAUUUUAAGAGAUGAUACGCUUUUAUGUCCUAGGUUUCGUAGCUUUUCUAAUUUUUUGUGUUUUAGUUUUGUGA